AUGGCCGCUAAUGUCGCUGAAAUUCCAUUACAUCUAUUACCCUAUGGAGAAUUAUUUACCAACUUUUUUAGAUUGGGGAGUGAAAUUAUUACUUUAACCACUAAAGCUGAACAUAAUCUAUCAAAUUGUGAAUUUUUUAAAAUCAGAAUUAAUGCCGCAAUGGCUUCUGUAAAAGAAUUAAAUCAACGAAAUGAUGAUAUAUUCUUUACAAAAGAAAACAUUGACCUCUUUAACGCAUUUGUACACUGUAUGAAAAAAAUAAAAAAAUAUAUUAUUGGAAUAUCACAACUUGGUAGAAUACAAAGUUAUCUUCAAGGAAAUAUAAUCGAAAAAAAAUUUAAAGAUCUUACUACUGAAUUUGACUCAUAUAUGCAAUCUUUGCAUUUUUCCUUUGUUAUGAUCUAUUUGGAUAGAAAGGAAGAGUUGCGAAUAGUUAAAAAUGAAGUGAAAAAAACUAGAAAGUUUAUUUCUCAAGUUAAAGGUGGUAUCCCGGAUCCAUCUAAUCAAAACGUCUCAACCCAAAUUCAUGAAGUCCUAAAAAUGAAUAUAGAUUUUCAGAAACAACAUAAGGCCAAAUCUUAUAUUGUGAAUGAAUCAGAAAUCGAAAUUGCAGAUGAAUCCUUGCAAUUCUUAGAUCAGGGGUUUUAUCAUACAAUCCCAAAUUGUAAAGAAAGAGGAAAAAUUUCCAAGAGAUUACAUAGAGAUUCUGGCGAAGAAGCGGCAUUUAAGGAGUUUCCAAUUGUUUCUAGUGAAACAGAGUUGGAUAUUAAACAUCAAGUGAUAAUUUUACAACGAUUAAAAACUUCAGAUCAUAUAAUUAAAUUUUAUGGUAUUGUUAAAGAUGAACAUAAAUUUUUCUUAGUAACUGAAUGGAUGGAGGAAGGAGAUUUAAUAGAAUAUUAUGAAAAAUACCCAAAUAUUUCGUGGAAAACGAAAAUUGAUUUUGCCAUAGAUAUUUUAAAUAAAAAUCAUAAAGUGAAAAUUGCUAACUUUGGUUUAAGCCGAACUUUUACUGAAGUCACAAGAAAUAUUCAAAAAGCCAAUCUUGAUAUUGUAAGAUAUAUGGCACCUGAAAAAUUACAAAAUGAUAAAAAACAUGAUUAUGAUGUCAAAUGUGAAAUAUAUAGUUUUGGUGCACUCUUGUGGGAGAUAGCUGAAGAAAAAAGGCCAUUUAAUGCUAUAACAGAUUUUCAAGUCAUUCGUGAUCUUGUACUUGAAAAAUUAUUCCGCGAGCCAUUAUCUGAUGGGGUACCAGAUUUCUGGAGAAAUUUAGGUCAAGCCCCAGAUGAACCCGAUACUGAAGAAAGUAGCUGUUUUUAUAACGAAGAAGAUGAUAUAUUAGAUAUUAACACUCCAAUUAAUACCCCAGGAUAUAUGAGUGUUCAGCAAGCAAUUGAUGAACAUAAAAAUGGCAAUAAAAAAAUAGCCUGGAAAUGCUUUUGUGAUCAUGCUGAUAAAGGAGAUGUUACUGCAAAAUUUUGGGUUGGAUAUUAUCUCUUUAAUUAUGAUAAUUCCGAGAUUGAUGAAUUUGAAAGUACUAAGGAAAAAAAUCUUAUAAAAGCAGCCCAACUUUUUAAAGAAUCAGCUGAUAAUGGAAAAACCGAAGCUCAAUAUUGGUAUGGAACUUGCCUUUGGAGUGGAAAAGGUGUAAAAAUCAAUUAUAAUGAAGCAUUAAAAUAUCUAAAAAAAGCUGCUGAUAAAGGCUAUACAAAUGCCAUGUAUAAUGUUGGAAGUGCAUAUUACACAGGUAAAGGUGUUGACGAAGAUAAAGGGUUAGGAAUUCAUUAUUUAAGAAAAGCAGCUGGAAAAAAUCAUACCAAAGCAAUUGAAAUGUGUAGGAGCUUUAAAAUACCUAUAUAUAUACAACAAUAA